ACCGCUCAUUUUGAAGUGGAGGCUGGCUUGACUGCAGUCCAUUAGGGAUGUGCGCGUCGGAAAGCGGAGUAGAUCAGACUGCAGAGGCUAGGCUACCUCCCUGCUAGAUAAGCACCUGUCUGCUCUUUUACAAGGUCGUCGUUCUGCGAACAGGGAGAAGGACAUAUUUACCCUUUUAAGGACUAAAAUGAAGCGAUUUGUUUUCAUUGUUUGGCUUGCUGUCGAUUUUCCACUUGUCCUUAAUUCCCCGACUCUUGGAUCUAAAAAUAAUCCCAGACUUCUGAGCAAAGAUAUAAUCAAUGAUGUAUUUGAAUACCAGGUCUUUCAGAACCACAGUGUUUUUUUCUAUCAUGAUGACUAUGAGGAGAUGUACGUUGGAGGUACUGAUUUUGUGUUGAAACUUGAUGUGGAUGACUAUCAUAUUAUAGAGACAUUUCCUCUGAAAACCCACUGCCAAGAGGGCCAAUGUGCAAAUGUCAUCACUGUGAUCGAGAAGUUUCAGGACAGCCUGUUUGUCUGUGGAACAAAUGGACACAAACCACAGUGUUGGAAGCUUUUUUCUUCAGUGAACAACCAGUCUCAUGAAAUAGUGGAGAGUUAUGAGGGGACUGGCAUCUCUCCGUUCGUGUACAGACAUAACUCCAUAUGCCUCACAGUAGAGGGGGAUCUAUAUUCAGCAGCACCUUUGAAUGCUGAUGGAAGUUCGUUACAAUUCAGAAGGAAAGCUGGCAGCAGAACUAAUGUCUGGAUGUAUGACAACUGGGUCUCAGAGCCCACCUUCAUCUCUGCGUCCUGGGUGAAGCGUAGGGAAGACCCUGACAACGAGAAAAUCUACAUCUUUUUCCGUGAAAAGAACUCUGAUCACAACCGGGAGGCUGACCCCUGGAUAUCGAGGGUUGCCAGAGUUUGUAAGGUUGAUGAAGGCGGAUCAAAAAGAUUCUUCCAAAACAUUUGGACAUCUUUCCUCAAAGCGCGGCUUGUCUGUGGGUUUCCAGAGGAGUCGCUGUAUUUCAACCGACUCCAAGACAUUUAUGUGAUGCACGCUGAGGACUGGCAUGACACAAGAGUCUAUGCCCUUUUCACAAGCAGCUGGAACUCCACAGCAGUGUGCAUCUAUUCAAUUGGAAUGAUUGAAGAAAUAUUUGAGAACUCAACUUUCAAGGGCUACAACGAAGUCAUUCCCAAACCAAGGCCAGGAACGUGUGUAAAAAACAGCAGGACCCUGCCACUGGCCACUGUCAAUAUGGUGAAGGAUUACCCAGAGAUGACUGACUGGGUUCACUCUGUGCAUUAUAGAGCUCCAUUUUAUAUAAGCAGCCACAACUACACCAAGAUAGCUGUGGACCGAGUCGAGGCAGCAGACCAGCGCAUGUAUAACAUUCUGCUUCUGGCUACUGAUUCUGGAAAGAUCCAUAAAGUCUUAGAGGCUGGGUCAGAACCUUUUAUCAUCUCUGAAACGCAACUCUCCAGCCGUUCAGCCAUACAAUCAAUGAAGUUGGACUCCAAAAAGAAAAGACUAGUGGUGGGUUUUUCGGAGAAGAUUUCUAUCAUGGAUCUCCAGAAAUGUCAGGAGAAUAAGUCCUGUGCAGAUUGUGUUCUGGCCCGGGACCCGUACUGUGCCUGGACGCCAUUUGGAUGUACCCCAACUGUCCCUGGGGGCAUUCAAAAUAUCAUUUCUGGGAACAGAACUGUGUGUCCUACAUCAGUAGAAGAACAAAAACAAGUAAACCGGACCAAACGGGAGACGGCUCCACCAUCACCAGUGGAUUUGAGUACAGCUCACUCUGUCCCACUGGGUGUCUCUUUCUAUCUCUCCUGUCCUAUAGACUCUUACCACGCUGUUUACACCUGGGAGCAUAGAGGCCAGAGCAGCCCUUGUCUGCAAAUGCAGUCUAACUGCCUGCACCUCAUCCCCAACAUGGCACAAGAGAACUAUGGCGGCUACAAGUGUAUUUCCAAAGAGAAAGACUACACUAAAGUGGUGAAAACGUAUCAGCUUACAGAGCAGAUGAUCCCAGAUACAAAUGAAAAAACGGACAGAAGCAAUUCCUUUGUCAGAACAACUGAUGCAUCAGCUGUGGUGCAGCAGAAAGCAUGGAUCACCCUUGGACUGGCUGUAACAGUGUUGGGGAUUUUCAGAUAGGUGCAUCCGCAAAAAUGACUAUUUAAACGUUACACUCCUUUCUCUUUGAAAAGCUUUUCUGCCGUUCCAGAUCUCAUGUUUGAAAAUCUAACAUCAAAAUCCCCAGACCCUUUGUCCUUGCCAUUGCUCUCAGGCCAGGACGCAGGAAGCAUUAAAGGAAAUCCAUUUUAACACCGGCAGGACACACACUGCUCAGAACCUAACACCUUAUUUGUGCAAGCGGUCACACAGCUGUGUUUGGCAAAAAAAAACAAAAAAAAAGGUUUUCAAGUCAACAGGACACUGCUGUAGCCAAGUUUCUUUUUAAAAGAGAAGCCAGAAUACGAAGAGGUUGGUGUGAUGGAGGGAGAAAGCAGCACAACGAGCAGAACACAGCUUGAUUGAUCUGAGGGGCCCAAUAGGUGUUUGUUGGGAUCAGCUGAUGAUCAGUCAAUGACUUCAGCAUCCUGCGUGAAUUACUGUAAUGUGUAAAUGUAUUUCAUUGAGUACUUAGAGUGAGUAAGGGGAAAAAGAGAAGGUGUAAGAAGAAAUCUGAAGGAAUUCCUUUUAACAAGAGCUCAAUCCAAACCAAAGCACACCUUUAAAAUGUUAUGAUGAUGAGUGCAAAAGCUUCAGGUCAGAGAGUAAGUAGGUGUGAUGGAGUAGUAGUGCGUGAACAUGUUGAGGCCAGCUUUUUGAUCUGUGGUUUGAUUAGAGGUCAGAAAAAAGUAAAGUUCCUGUGUAAAUUCCCUCUGUGCCCCACUCAAGUGCACUGCUGACAGAUUAUUUGUUUGAGAUUGUUAUGGGAAGGGUGGAGGCAGCCAGGGACCCUCCCUGAAUUUCCCUGUUGAAAAGUAGCGAGCUUGUUUCAUUUUCACUUCAAUGUUGACAAAAAAGUAAAUUUGUUUGAAUAACACAACAUAUAUUUUUGCAUUGACAAAGAGAAACACAUCAAUAUUAGCUGCAGUGUGAGCAAUGGAGAUUAGUCCCACAAAACAGUUGAAGCAGAACAGAUUUGAGUUGGUUGUUGAAGGUGAUAGUUUUGCAUCUACUGAGUGUGCUCACUUGUGACAUUGAAGUUUUAUAUAAGCUACUUUUCCAGUCAGUUAUUUAUAUUAAAGUGAGAUUAUGUAACUUUUGUCAAACAGUAGCCACUGUUGCCACAAGUGAUAAUUACAACAGUACAACACCAGCAAGAGUAGAUAAAAGUCAGAGAACAGGCUUAGUAAUGACCAUUAUCGAGCAAUAUCUGGCUAAAGUCUGCUAACAUUAGCAACUAAAAGCUACCAAAAGGUCAGUUCAGACCUCUUAAGGCUGUAGCAGCAAAUCCUGCGUGUAUUGAAUUAAGCAAGGUUGUGUUUUAUUGCUUACGGAUUCAAUUUACAUAGUCUUAAUUUAAACAACAAAUUAUUCUUUAAAAUGUUUAAAAAAACAACUAAGCUAAAUAUAUUUAUUAAGUUAAUAGUAUUUUGACAACAUAUUUUGUUUCAUACUGGAGAUUGUUAUACGUGCAAGCAACAUUGUGUCCUUAUAAUUUCAAAAAAAGUAAUUUUGUAUGAUGAUUAUUUGAAAAUGCUCCCUAAAAAUGUACAGUAAGUACAUAAGAUUGAUUUCCUGCUCAUUCAAAUUAAAAAGAAUACAGAAGAAAAAGAAGGAUUCGUAGUCACGUCUCUCUUCGAUCCACUCAUAAGUGGUUUCAAGAAGGUAGUUUAUUCGUCCUUAGUAGGUCAUGCCUUCAUCAGACAUGGCACUCAGUAAACCAUGUGCAGACUGAUCAGAGGACAGGCAACAACUAAAGAUCUUUAGCUUAAUCUGUCUUAUUCCUGGAUCUAAAGUCUGAACCCUGCUAAUGACGACAAAGUGACUCCAUCUUGCUUAUACAAGGAAAGAAAAUUAAACACAACUACCCUGUA